UAGCCGAAAGUCACGGGAGCGGAGAAACUGCCAAGCAUUUCGAAACCGAUCGCAAAGCACGAACAGUAGAACUCAAAAUCAGAAUCCACCAUAUUACGACCAAGCUAAAUCUAGCAUAAUUGCGCCUGAGGGAGAGCAAGCAGGAAAGCAAGCAAUGCUCUUAUGGCGUAGAUGUCUGAGCACCUCUGCCUCCGCUCCGACAAUUGCGGGUCAAAAAUCCCCGCUGCUACUACGAUGUGCGCAGCUGUUGGACACAUCCCGAUCAACCUCCAGAACUGCUGAGACAGCUACUGCUGCUCCUGAUGGGAGUGCAAGUUCCUUAGACAACCGCCAAAUCCGCGUUCGAGGUUUCAUUCGGUCGGUGAGGAAGCAGAAACGGUUCGCGUUUGCUGAGAUCUCGGAUGGGUCGACGAUUAAGUCGGUGCAGGCGAUUUUGACACCGGAACAGGCUGCUCGGUUGUCGACUGGUUCUGCCGUCGAUAUUUCGGGCGUCUGGCAGCCUUGUCCUCCUGGCAAAGAACAAAGCCAUGAGCUUCAUGCGACAGAAGUCAAGAUAACUGGGGAAGCGGACCCUGAGGUUAGUUUCGUUCCAAUCCCUUGCACAGCAUGUCGACUAUCCUUCACUGAUACCUACACCCUUCCAAACCGGCAGACAUAUCCAAUUCAAAAGAAAUACCACAGCCCAGAUUUCCUUCGACAAAUCCCACAUCUUCGAUUACGGACACCGUUCAACUCCCUCUUAUCCCGAUUUCGAUCAGAAAGCAUUUUCCAACUGGGACAGGUAUUCCGUUUCCAGCUCGGUGGCUGUUUCGUGCAGGUCCAACCUCCGCUGAUCACAUCGUCUGACUGUGAAGGCGCUGGGGAAGUGUUCACCGUGGUGCCAGGAGAUAAAGUGGAUGGUGCAGAAGUGGGGGAAUUCUUUCGAUCGCCAAAAUACCUCACAGUGUCAAGCCAGCUACAUCUCGAGGCGUAUGCGGCCGAGCUGGGAAAUGUGUGGGCCCUUUCUCCCACCUUCCGAGCAGAAAAGAGCGAUACGCCUCGGCAUCUAAGCGAGUUCUAUAUGCUAGAGGUAGAAAUGAACUUUGUGCAAAGCGUAGAUUCGUUAACGGAUAUUGUCGAGUCAUUAAUUCGUGACCUUACGAAACGACUAUACGAGACUCCAGUUGCGGAAGAGAUAUUCACAGCUAAGAGGACAGGGGAGUCUGGCGCGGAAAAAGUUGAUAAGGGACUACGCCUGCGAUGGUUGGGUAUUAUGGAGGGUGAGAAAUGGCCUCGAAUUACAUAUACCAGCGCGAUCGAGUUGCUUCAGAAAGCUGUUCAAUCGAAGGCCACCAUUUUUAACUUUCCCCCGGUCUGGGAGGAAGGGCUUCAACUCGAGCACGAGAAAUUCAUAGUCGAUGAAAUCGGGAAGGGUCGUCCUGUAUUCGUGACCCACUACCCAAAAAAGGUGAAACCAUUUUACAUGGCACCUUCAGUCGUCGCGGACGAAUCUUCAUCUUCAUCACCAGUAGAAGUACUACAUCAUGAUCCACUCCAAACAAGGGAAACCGUUGCCUGCUUUGAUCUUCUGAUGCCCGAGAUCAGCGAAGUUGUCGGUGGCUCUAUUCGUGAACAACGACUUCCAAAUCUUAUACAGAACAUGCGUGAGCACGGACUUCUUAAGAAAAAACUCGAAGCCGGUUCAGACGCAGAUAACGCAUCUUCUUCGACACAUUCGAUAUCGGAGUCGAGUUCGCCAGUAUAUCCCUACCUCCAACCGGAUGAACAUCUCGGCUCAAUUCAAUGGUACGCCGAUCUUAGGAGAUGGGGCAGUGCGCCUCACGGCGGGUUUGGACUUGGGUUCGACCGAUACCUGGGAUAUCUGGCUGGUGUUUCCAGUCUGAGGGAUGUUGUUCCGUUUCCACGGCAUUUUGGACGAGCUGAAUGCUGAAACCACCAACGCUACCUUUUUUUUUUUUUUUUGGACGAAUGUUUACUAGAUUUCUCCUCUUUGUAUUAUUACGGCGAGCAAAGAUCUGUGUGCUAUGAGAUAUGAAAGUAUCUACUAUCUGUUUUCUGAAUUGUGAUAAUAUACCCAUUUCUUUUAUUUGAAUAUGCUCAUUACUCCUACUGUAUCCAAUAUAUGUAUCUGUACUUAUGCCC